UCUUGUCACUUUCAGUCAUGGCGACUCGCAGGUCGAGCAGCAAGUGGAAGAGGCACAUUAUUGUCCAGCUCCAGCACCGGGACCGGCACCAGAAGCUGCACUUCGAGGGUCUCAUCCUGUCCUACAACCAGCUCCUCACGAAAUCUGACAUUGUUCAACUCUGGAGAGACAAGUGCGACCCCCACUUGCCCUCAGCUCCCAGUCUAUCUCCUGAACCGGUGAAUGUGACAAAAUUACAGAUCAGGCACCAAGAGAAACUGAACAAACUCCAUCAGGCAAAUGGUGAACUCGCGCAGGAGGUGUUCGAGCUGAGCAAACACCGCAAACGCAAAGAGGUGGAACUGCAGGCAACCCAAAGCAGGUUGUCUGAGUUGGAAGUGAAGCUGGGUGAGUUGGAGGCAAAGCGAGGGCGUCUGCAGGCACGUAUCGAUGAGUUGGAGAAGGCCAAUCACGGGGUGAAGGAGGAGUAUGACACUCUUCAGCAGCUUUACCGUGCUCAGUGGGAGCAGCUACGGAAAAAAGAGGUGGAGGGGUCAGAGCUGAUCCAGAACAUGAUCGAUAUCAAGGCUCAAGCAGCUGAAGAUCUGAAUUACUUGAAUGAGAAGCUAAAGAGGAUCAAGCAGAAGAAUUUAGAGAAAGAUUUGGCAGUUGUUUCCACUGUGCCCAUCGCAAUGAACACAGAUGUCUUUCGCCAAGUGCAAGAACUGUCAACCGAGGAAUCCAGACACCAGGAGACCAAGAGCUUCAAACCAUUUCGGAAUUUAAGGUCAGCCUCCCUCAGUCUUUCAACCCAGCCCAGAUUUCUCCAAUCCUUUAAAGGCCUCUUAAGGAAACGGUCAAGUCCAUCUUUCAGCGACUUCGAUUGCAGCCCAACCUCCUUCCGUUCAGUUGCAAGAGUUCCAGCCAGAGUGCGGCACAGUUUGGAAGCACACGAUGGCGAGGUUAAUGCUGUCAAAUUUUCUCCAAACUCCAGACUCUUGGCCACAGGAGGCAGUGAUAGGACAGUGAAGCUGUGGGACAUUGUUGGAGGAAUGCUGCAGAAGCUGAAAACCCUGGAGGGGAGCAAUGAUGGAGUGACCAGCAUCGAGUUUGAUCCCUCGGGUCUGCAACUCUUGGCAGGAUCGUAUGAUAACACUGCCCGGCUAUGGAGUCUGAAGGACUGUGAGCUGAAGUGCACUUUGUCAGGUCACAGUGCAAAGGUCACGGCAGCAAAGUUCAAGUUUUAUUACAGAGAAGCUGUCACAGGAAGUCACGACAGAACAAUCAGAAUCUGGGACCUGAACAACAUAGCCUGCAUCAAAUUGAUCUCCGUUCCCUCCCGCUGCAGCGACAUCGUUUGCUUAGACUACUUCAUCAUCAGCGGUCACAGUGACAAGAAAAUCCGCCUGUGGGAUUCUAGGGCGGGAAUGAAGUCCAAUGAGAUAUCACUGCAGGGAAAGGUGACAUCUUUAGACAUUAACUCUGACCGGACCCAGCUACUGAGCUGUUCCCGUGACGAUCUGCUGAACGUGACAGACCUGCGGAUGAAUGAAAUCAGGCAAGAGCUCAGAGCUGAAGGGUUCAAGUGUGGAGCUGAUUGGACCAAGGCAAUCUUCAGCCCCGAUGGGCGCUAUGCCAUUGCAGGAUCGUCUGACGGAGUUCUCUAUGUCUGGGACACCCUCACUGGGCAAUUGGAGACUUCCUUGGUCGGUCAACACAGAUCAUCCAUUAACGCGGUUUCCUGGUCUUUAUCGGGAGAGUACGUGGCGAGUGUGGACCGAACGAAGAUGGCCAAUCUCUGGACUGACUGCUGACCUGGCUGCAGUGGUGAUGCCCUUUGACCACCAUUGGAGCAGCAGGUGUCAGCCCUGCCAAAGAAAAGCGUCAAGUGUGCCAAUGCUUGAGUUCUAGAAACUCAAUUUUCCAAACGGGGGAUUAUUUCCGUUGACAACGCCCCCCUCCCUCACCUGCCACGUCCACUUUAUUUCCCAGGCAAAGGGUAUGCAAAACGUGCAACGAAGACUGAGCAAGGAGAAAGAGGCCUUGUUACCUCCCAGAGGGGAUGAGGGAGUUUAUCUCGUGUCUUAUCCAACACAUCGUCCUGCACUUCUCACAGAGAGAGAGAGAGAGAGAACAUCUUGCACAACCCGAAUGGGUGACCGGAAAGUCCCCCAGGCCAGAGUUAAAUCCAGAGCGUUACCUCCACAGCCAAGGCUAUUUUGGAUUCUCAACGAUGGGUGGGGAGGGGGAACAUGAGAAGGGAUUUAGCCUGGAUUAUCCUCCGCCACUGGUAACCAUGUGAAAUAAGGUACAGGAAGGGACAUGGAAGGUGAAAGGAUUCAAGGGAGAAUGAGAUUAGCAAUAAAAACACAACAUUUUGGGAACGCUGAGUGAGUCAGGAUACAUCUGUGGAGAGAAGGGACUUAAAUAAAGGGAUUCAGCUCGUAAACCCACAACUAGAUGUCUGAAAGAGAAGGGACUGAGGUGGGUAGUUAAGGUUGAGAAUCAGUGGAAACACAUACAUGUCAGGGGGGGUCUUAUACAAACUCCUGUGCACUCUCAACACACUUGGUCAUCAAUUAUUUGUCAAAAGGAAAUUUUUUUUUUGAGGGAAACAGAAUAGUUUUUAAAUUGUUGGGACAUGAACUUUUAUUUAUUCAUUCACGGGAUGUGGGCUUC